AUGGCUCCCCCAGCCUCAAUCCACUACGUCGAGGCUAAAGCUCGUGUAGGUCGUGCCAUAACUCGUGUCACUACAUUUAUAAAAGCUUCUGGUGAAUAUAAUAAUGAUCGUGCAAACGUAGGGAAACAUGCAAAGAUCAAGCAGAUGCUUGUUGAACUGAAAGAUAUUCGUCGCUGUGUUAACGAGGAUAUUCAAAUCAUGGAAACAUCUGUAGGCCAAGGAACUGCGCCUACUGAUGUUACAGAUAAUUCGAGCAGUGAUUCCUUAAUCAGCACUUUCGAGACUCUGUUCUAUGAACUUGCUGCGUUUGCUGACAUUCAUAAAUUUUCAUUGUCACCCGUGGCAGAAAUGUCAAAUUCAUUUGCUUCCAGUACAUCCCAACAGCCUGGACCUCUUGGAAAUCUAUCAUGCUUUCAAUUACCGAAACGUACUUUUCCAACAUUUUCUGGUAUCAUAACGGAAUUUCAAGGAUUUGAGGAUCUAUUCAAAUCAAUUCUGUCCCAUGCUGAAGAGAUCUCGAAUGUCGAAAAGUUUGAAAUUCUAAAAAUGUCUCUCCAAGGUGAAGCCUUAUCAUUGGUUACUCAUUUACCGUUGACAGCUCUGAAUUACGAUAGUGCCUGGGAGAUUCUCAAAUCCAGAUACGGCAACAAACGAGAUUUAGCUCGCACUCACUUUCAAUCGCUUCUGACGAAUCAUGCCGUAAAAUCCAAUGACGCUCUCUCCAUAAAAACGUUGGUAACGUCCUUGUUAAACCAUACCGCUGCGUUGGAUAAUUUGGGCUUUGUAACUAAAACGUGGAGUCCGUUGUUAUUAUACAUUUUCGAACAGCACUUGGACUAUGAGCUACGCUCUCGGUGGGAACUAACGGUGGGAGACAAUCACGCUCCUACUCUCUCUGAGUUCGUUAAUUUUCUGCGACAGCACCUGCGCUCUGCAGAAGUCUUUUCAACGACACGUCCGUCGUCAAUGCCCCCGGGCAGUCUAAAACCCAAACAGGAACGGGGUCGCUCUGGUUCAUUUCAAAAAAUUCUUACCACUACGACAAGCCAGUCAGUAAAUGUCGCUUGUCCGAUGUGCAAUGAGUCGCACUCGAUCUGA